GAAGAGAGACAUAAAUAAACAAGAAAGGACAUUUCAAUUAUCUUUAUCAGUUGUACACCACAGCAUGAGACGGAACAUAGCUGACCGCAAAAACAGCGCCUGUACCCAAACUGACCUCCUUGAUGUGUCCAUAUGGGUUACAUCCCAGAGAAGGGGGUCUGCAGACCUUAUAGGAACAACCAUCUCUCCUAAAGGUGUCAAGAAAGAAUGGCAUUUCAGUCUCAAAGAAAUAGGAAUAUUCUGGGGAGGGUCGCUUAUAAUGCAGACAGUCAUAGGACCCGGAAUCUUUACGUCCCCAAAGAGCGUGGUAUCUGGGGCUGGCUCGGUCGCUCUUACUUUCAUUAUAUGGGGCCUGUGUGGUAUUUUCUCAACUUGUGCUGCUCUUUGUUUUUCCGAGCUUCAGAUAUUUGUGAGGAGGGCAGGAUGCGAAUAUGGUUACAUACACAAAGCAUUUGGACCUCUUCCAGCAUUUAUAUACACCUGGAUGCGCAUCGGUGCCGCAGAACCCUGCACAACUGCGGUGUUUGCUCAAGCUUUUGCCAGCUACAUUUGUGAUUCCCUUGCCGAUGAUUGUGGACCUCCAGUAAUUCUGCAUAAGUUGUUGGCGAUCAUUGCAAUAUUGACUCUGUCGAUAGUUAAUGCAUACGAUGUCCAGUUGGCAAGACAGAUGAUAUCGGUGUCAAACCUAGCCAAAAUAAUCACCAUCGGUACAAUCGUUGUCUGUGGAAUAUAUAAUAUUUCUUCAGGAAAAACUGGAGCCCUGGAUGAAGGCUUUGAGGAUACGGAAACAUACCACAAUCAAAUUGUAUUUGCCGUCUACAACUCCAUGUGGGCCUACGGCGGAUGGUCAAAUGUCCCUUCUGUCACAGCGGGGGUCAGAAAACCACCCAAAAAUCUUCCUCGUCUGGUGAAAAUUGUUAUUCCCACGGUAAUGAUAAUCUACCUGUCAACAGUGACGUCAUAUUUUACAGUUCUGACGAGGGAAGACAUGACGGCUAAUCAUUGGUUUGGAGUCACGUGGGGACGAAAAAUGUUAGGUGAAGCAGGAUUUCUUAUUCCUGUAGGGGUAGCCUUCGUGGCCCUCGGAAAUGCUAAUAACACAAUAAUUGCAUCAGGAAGGCUAUCUUCCAUAUCUGCUGAAGAUGGAUAUGUACCAGAAUUUUUAACCUACAGACACGUUAGAACCAAAAGCCAUAUUCCUGCAAUUAUAAUGAGGGCGGUUGCAGCCAUAGUGAUGGCCACUUGUUUCUCCUCUCAGUUUAUGGUCCACUUUUGGAUAUUUACGGUCUGGCUGUUCCAUGGACUUGCCAUUUUUGGAUUGAUUGUAAUGAGAAUACGAAAGCCCCAUCUCCCUCGACCUUAUAAAGUUAACAUACUAGUCCCUAUCUUUGUCACGCUCGGUGCUGGCUACCUGGUGAUCGCCCCUUUUACCAUUUAUCCGUUGAAGGGAGAAUUUAUCUUCACCCUGGCUGUGGCGGGAUCCGCCAUUAUCUUUUAUGUACCACUGGUUAGAUGGAACUGGAACAGAAAAAUAACAGAUUACUUUACGGUAAAACGGUUUGAAAAGAGGAAGAGACAGAAGAAAUCACGAAGACCAGCCUCUGUUGCUCCAAUGACAACACUAGAACCGAUCGAAGAGACAAUGAACGAGUUCGAUGACACCGCUUCAGUAGAGAGAUUCGGACGUCAGUACUCAAACGACGCAUUAUCUGUGGACUUCUCUGACAUUUUCACAGUGGCAACUUACGAUACAAUGGGUUCUAUUGAUGACCUGGAGUCUAUGGAUGGAACAAUUGAUGACACGGUAUCAACUGUCAGCAGUUCGCCCUCUAGCGGCCAAAACUCUCCUCCUCCAAUGUAUGAGGAAGCUUUUGACUUUGUGACAAAACUCUGA